UACGCCGCUUACGUCACCACCGUCAUGUGUUUGCUAUGUAAACUGUCAGCCGGGCUGUUACCAAAGCACGCGUGUCUCAGCUAUGUUGAACGUCCAGAGCCUGUAGGACAGCAGUGAGUGACACACUGUGGGGAAACUAAACGCACAGAGACGGAUGUGUGUGUUCAUGGCAGACUCCGUGGAUGCUUGGACAUUUUAGCAGAAGGGGGGGACAACAAUGAUUGGGCAAAGUUCAGCUCCUGCAGCCGGCGAAGACAUCAGUCCCCUCCAGCAGAUGGUGGCGUCCGGCUCUGGAGCCAUCCUCACGUCCCUGCUGGUCACACCUUUGGAUGUUGUGAAGAUCCGACUUCAAGCACAGAAAAACCCCUUCCCCAAAGGGAAAUGCUUCGUCUACUGCAAUGGACUGAUGGACCACAUAUGUGUUUGUGAAAAUGGUAACUCGAAGGCCUGGUACAAAGCUCCCGGUCACUUCAGUGGCACACUGGAUGCCUUCGUGAAGAUCGUACGCCAUGAGGGAGUAAAGGCAUUGUGGAGUGGUCUACCUCCAACCCUUGUGAUGGCCGUCCCAGCUACGGUGAUCUACUUCACAUGUUACGAGCAGCUUUGUGCAGCACUCAGGGUCAGGAUGGGCGCCUGUGCCGACGAGGCCCCCCUCCUGGCGGGAUCUCUCGCCAGAGUGGGUUCGGCCACAGUAAUCAGCCCCCUGGAGCUGAUGCGCACUAAGCUGCAGUCUCAGAAACAGUCGUACAGGGAGCUGACGCACUGCAUCCGCUCAGCCGUGGAGACGGAGGGCUGGCUGUCUCUGUGGAGAGGUCUAGGACCCACGCUGCUCCGGGACGUGCCCUUCUCGGCAAUGUACUGGUACAACUACGAGAAGAGCAAGAGCUGGCUGUGCGAAAGGUACAACUCCAGAGAACCUUCAUUCAGCAUCAUCUUCUUAUCUGGAGCAGCGUCUGGCUCUAUUGCGUCCGUUGUGACAUUACCUUUUGAUGUUGUCAAAACAAGAAGGCAGGUCGAGGUGGGAGAGCUACAAGCGAAGAAUUUGACGAGUAAGAUCUCCCCCUCCACCUUCAGCGUGAUGAGCAGAAUUGUUGCACAGGACGGCUUUGGUGGACUGUUCGCAGGUUUCCUCCCCAGGGUGAUCAAAGUGGCCCCAGCCUGUGCCAUCAUGAUCAGCAGUUAUGAGUUUGGAAAGGCCUUUUUCCGCAAACACAACCAGGAGAGGAUCCUCGGGCCGCUACAGACCAACACCUGAAUUUUUUUUCAUUCACUUCUCUCAAUGACUACUGCUACAUUAUACCUGUGAGGGGGAAGAUAAGGUUGCCAAAUUUAAAACAAGCAGAAAUGGGAGUGAAAAAAAUAAACCGCUUGACCCAUUUCUACAUUACAAAUUCUAGCUGAUCAAAAUAUAUAUAAUAAUAUUUAUGAUUUCAUAUUCCAUGACUUUAGGUUCACUGCUUUAUACCCUGUACGCACAACUUAAAAGAAAUAAUUUCGAUGUUCAAAUCCCAUGGUAUUUGAUGCAUUAAACAGCCAGCAGAUGGCAGCCACAGUUUUGUAAAUAAUGUAAUUACCCAGAUCCCUCAUCACUGGGAUUAUGUGCAUUGAUCCUGAAGUCCUUUAAUUUUGUUCGACUGUGUGUAAGUGUUUCUCACAGUCAAAAAAAAGAUUUUUUUGCACUUGCACUUCAAUCCUGUGAAUGUGUUUGUAGACAUCAAAACUCCCUCAGAACUUGCAGUACAUAGAAUAAGUUAAUUGUUGGACCGACACGUUUGGGCUUGUGGCCUUCAGCACAGUCGAAACUCAUUAUUUUAUAAAUUUAAAGAGCCGUUGUCGGGCAUUGCUUUGAGAACAGAAUUUUUAUUGCUCCCCCUUCCUACACCAGUGUGUCUAACACUGCUUAACUGUAUAACUGCCCCACAUUUAAGCAGACGCAACAUGUUAGAUGGUAUUCAGCUCCAAGUGCCUUUGAAAAUGUGAUUAAAUUACCCCAAAAAAAUGGAUGAACCCGAUGUCUAGCAAUGAAGUUCUGUAUACUAAAUGAGUUGCUGGAGUUUUAUCCCCUUCUCCGUGCACUUUGGAAGUAGGUGAAUUUGUGCCAGAAACCUCUUUUAUCACCAUACCCGUUCAUUGUGUUAUAAAAACUCAAAUAUUAGCAUCCAAUUUCACAGUUUCAGCAAGUGGAGUUUAUUCAAAAUGAAGAUUAAAAAGGUAAACAUCCAUAAAA